CCGAUAAAUGUAUAAAUUACCUACGUAUAUUUUUCCGAAAAUUAAUUUCGCAUGAAAUUCACAUGAAAUAUGAAUCGAAUAAAAUUAAUUUUUUUGCUAGUUUUCAGCGUGGUUGUUUGGCAUGUUGAGGCCCGGGCGAAGCAAGAGAACGACCUGCAGAGGGUGAUCAAAACUUGCAUAAAAGCGAGCGACGCCGAUGAAGAAUUCGUAAAACUCACAUUCGACGGUAAAUUCCAACCCUCGCUCGAAUUCAAAGAGUAUUUGUUCUGCUUCGCCCGGGAAGCCGGCAUGGUGAACUUGGACAACAGCAUGAACAACGAUGUGAUCGAAAAAAUGACCGCGAAAAUCCUGAAAGACAAGCGAGCGGCGAAGGAGAUCCGGGACGAUUGCGAUAAUACUUUGUACGAUCCUCUAAACACGGUUUAUUACACGUUCAAGUGCUUCAUCACCAAGAUAAAGGAGAUGAGCUCCGCGAAGAAGAGGCGCAGGCGUUCUUAACUCGCGUUUUGUGUUGACAAUAAAUGAUUGAAUUUAACAGAGAAUUUAAUUUGAGCGUUGAAUAAGAGUGUAAUUAAAAAAUACAUCGGCGCUUUUAUUAAGUUUUUAACUAGGUGACACCUAUACUAUACAAAUAGAUUGCACUGUAUUUUUUUAUCAUAAUAAAAUAGCAUGUCAUUAUUUGAACUUGAACUUGCGUUACUAUUAAUUAUUGAUGGUUAUUAAUGAAAUUUCAAUUAUGUCACGGAAAUUGAUUGGAA